UUUGAUUUCGAAGAAACUCACCACAUUUUUGUACCAUAUUAAGUAAUGCUAAAAAGAUCAAAAUUUUUAACCAUAUUAUAUGGUUUAAACGGGGAUAUAACCUUUUGGUUUUUUUUUUUGAUAAAAAGGGGAUAUAGCUAAGGGAGUUUUAAGCCCGCGGUACUGUUCACUUUAACGAAAAAUCAUAUUUUUACACUAAAAAGUCAAACAUGGUAUUAUUCACCUUACCCUUUAUUUUGUCCUUAUCGUUAAAACUCAAAGUUUUCAAGUCAUUUUCAUUAGUUUUUCCUUAUAACUAAUUGGUAAUUGAAGACUUCACUGACAAUUUGGAAUUUCAAUGCAGCUACAAGUUCAUUUCGUGGACUAGUUGUCAAGACCUUUGGUAAACUUUUGGGAUUCAAUCGUAUAUAUCAAAUGAAAUUGGCCCAUGUUCGGAUCCUUGAAUUUCUACCUCGCAUGUGUGAAGUGACGAAAAAUAAAGAUGUCAAAGAAUUGCAAGGCUUGGAAAAAGCAAUGUUCCUAGCAAUAAAAAAAGGGCAUGUGGAGUAUAUUACUCAUUUAUGCAGAGCAAAUUAUAAACUUCAUGACAUCACCAAUGAAAAAGGCCGGAACAUCCUUCAAUUUGCAGUUGAAUGUCGUCAACAUAAAGUUUUUAGUCUAUUAUAUGGACUAGAUGAUCAACGCAAAUGGUGGUUCGUAACUAGGAAAGAUAAGUCGAGCAAUAACAUGCUGCAUGUGGUAGGAACUAUUACCUCCGCCGCACAUAUUAAUCUUAUUCGAGGUGCAGCUUUACAAGUGCAAAGGGAACUGCAAUGGUUCAAGGAGGUGAAACGUUUUGCACAACCUGUAGAUCAUGAAGUAAUAAAUAAAACAGAUGAGAUGACACCACGUGAAUUGUUUACCAAGGGUCACAAGGACUUGGUGAAAGAGGGUGAAAAGGCAAUGAAAGGUAUAGCAACAUCUUGCACAGUCGUAGGGGCUCUCAUCGUUACUACCAUGUUUGCUGCAGCGUUUACGGUUCCUGGUGGAAAUAAACAAGAUACAGGUCUUCCUAUAUUCUUAAGUAAGAGAGCAUUCACAACUUUUAUAGUUUCAGAUGUUAUAUCACUAUUUUCUUCCAUAACUUCAGUAAUGAUAUUUUUGGGAAUCCUCACAUCACGUUAUGCCGAAAAUGAUUUCCUCAAAUCAUUACCAACAAAAUGAUAUUAGGCCUUAUCACCCUUUUUUUAUCGAUCGCGGCAAUGAUGAUAGCUUUUUCUUCAGCCCUUUCCAUUAUACUUCAUGGAAAAUCAUCUAUUGCUAUUCUACUUACUUUGCUUGCAAGUGUUCCAGUUGCAUCUUUCAUAUGGAUGCAAUUUCCCCUCCUUCUUGAGUUAGUCAUUUCUACUUAUGGAGCAGGCGUGUUUGACAGGAAAAUAAAGCAUUGGCCUUGUGAAGACCCUAAAUACUCGGCCUCGUAUUAAUGUUAUUAGUUUUAGAUUGCUAAAAUUUUAUUUGAAUUUUGUCAUGAAAUGUUAUUUGGAUCGUGUAUAAUAAAACCAA